UGCUCAACUAAGCCCUCUGUGAUGCGUGACAAUAAUAAUCAGACUGCGAAAAAUUUCAAAGUUCAUGGUGUCAAAUCUUACGACCCAGCUGGUCUGGUAGAUGUAAGAAGCAAGAAAUGAGUGGAGAGUCACCGUAUCAAAUACACACAAUAAAAUUUAACAAUUCUUCAAGAAGCAGCCAAAGAAAUUGAAAGAAUUUUAACAGAAAUAUCAAGAGAAUUAAGAAAUCAAGCGUAAUUCAGAGACCAGGGCUGCUUAAUCCUAUCAGACUUAAGUCUGAUAGAUGCAGAUCUAUCUGCAGAGGAUCCUCCAUUAAAAAUAUGAACAGAGGAGGGGUUUUAGAGGAAUCUUUGAACUUGCUUAAAGAGAAUAAUUCUGACUCUGGAGACAUUCAGAUAAACCCUCAUGGAGUACCUCAAGAGGUAGUGAAGCUUGACUCCAAAAAGAGCGAACUAGGUAGCAUGGUUGAGGAAGUGGAAGACAUCAAGGAGGAAUCCAAGGAACCUUCUAAGAGGUUCCGUAAAGAGGAAUCCAAAGCUGUCCCCAUUCAGAAAUCUGAAAAUAACUCUCCCUCAAAGAAAGAAAGUGAGCAUAAAUUCCCUAAGAAAGGACUUGGGGAGGAAUUUAAAGAAAACUCUGAUUCUAAGGUAGCCCCAGUUGCUAUUUACUGCGAGAACGCUACUCUGAUCCACUAUAAUCAUGGCAAAGUGGAGGUAGGAGCGUAUUGUGUAAAAAAUAAUGAAAACAUUCAUAUCAUUCAGAAAAACAUUCCGAAUUCUACCCCCACAGCCAAGAAGAAGAGAUUAAUCGAUUCAAAGAAGAGGAUCAUUGACUCUACACCAAAGGUUGAUGAUGACAAGAGGAGAGAUAUGAUAAAAGCUAACAAGGAGAGCAGAGAGGCCAUGCACACAGAGGAAGAGCACCCCUGUUGCUCAUCCCAGGCUUGAACCACUCAGUGAACAAUAUUUUAACCUCAUUAGAAUUUUUCGGAAAAUAAUUUAACU